GCAGCCUCUGCCGAUGGGCCACACACACGGGCGCAGAGGGAGGGCCAGGCCAAGUCUCCCCAGGGCACUCCGGCUUCUGCUGAGGUCCUUCCGUGGUACCCGGCACCCCAGGGUGAAGCCCAGACAGGACGCCCAGAAGCAGCCACCAGCCGUGGGCCUGGACAGCAGCCGGGAACCAGAACCCGCUUCCCCACUUCCUCCCCUCGCACCGCCCCGCCACCGCCUCCUCCCCCUCCCCUGCCGCUAGAGGCUGUUUUUCCACUUGCUGGCGCACGCGCUGCAUCCUACUCGUUCUUUCUUUUACGGAGUUAAAUGUGUCUGUAGACGCCUAGACGUAAAAUUGUGGAGACGACAGCCCCAGGCCCUGCGGGUCUCAAACAUCCUGGCCAUCAGCAAGCAGGAGCACAGGGCAGGCCAAGGGACACUCUGGUGCAGACAGCCCCAGCCGCGCCCGCUGGAAUCUCUGCCCAGGCCCACCCCGCAGACGCCAGGCCACAUGCCACCACCGCUGGCCCAGGACGCACCAGGUCAGCACUGGUGAUAAAAUGGAACGACGUUGCUCAGCCUGUGCGUGGCCCUUCUAAUCCGUCAGGACCCACUGACCCCACCGCUUCUGCCUUCUCCGCUGUAUUCUGCCCCAGCCCACCCAUCACCAUGGCUGCCCUGAUCGCAGAGAACUUCCGCUUCCUGUCACUCUUCUUCAAGAGCAAGGAUGUGAUGAUCUUCAAUGGGUUGGUGGCACUGGGUACAGUGGGCAGCCAGGAGCUCUUCUCAGUGGUGGCUUUCCACUGCCCCUGCUCCCCGGCCCGGAACUACCUGUACGGGCUGACAGCCAUCGGAGUGCCCGCCCUGGCGCUCUUUCUCAUUGGCAUCGUGCUCAAUAAUCACACCUGGAAUCUGGUCACUGAGUGCCAGUAUCGGAGGACCAAGAACUGCUCAGCUGCUCCCAACUUCCUGCUCCUGAGCUCCAUCCUGGGCCGCGCGGCUGUGGCCCCCGUCACCUGGUCUGUCAUCUCCCUGCUGCGCGGGGAGGCCUACGUCUGUGCCCUAAGUGAGUUCGUGGACCCCUCGUCCCUCACAGCUGGGGAGGAGGGCUUCCCACCGGCACAUGCCACCGAGAUCCUGGCCAGGUUCCCCUGUGGGGAGGGCCCUACCAGCCUGUCAGUCUUCCGGGAGGAGGUCAGCCGCAGGCUCAAGUACGAGUCCCAGCUCUUCGGGUGGCUGCUCAUCGGUGUGGUGGCCAUCCUGGUGUUCCUGACCAAGUGCCUCAAGCACUACUGCUCGCCGCUUAGCUACCGCCAGGAGGCCUACUGGGCACAGUACCGUGCCAAUGAGGACCAACUCUUCCAGCGCACGGCCGAGGUGCACUCCAGGGUGCUGGCCGCCAACAACGUGCGCCGCUUCUUCGGCUUCGUGGCUCUCAACAAGGACGACGAGGAGCUGGUGGCCAAGUUCCCAGUGGAGGGCACACAGCCACGGCCGCAGUGGAACGCCAUCACCGGGGUCUACCUGUACCGUGAGAACCAGGGCCUGCCACUCUACAGCCGCCUGCACAAGUGGGCCCAGGGCCUGGCGGGCAACGGCAGAGCCCCCGACAGCGUGGAGAUGGCCCUGCUCCCCUCCUGAGUGCUGCCACGGAGCCAGUGGUCCCAAGCAGAACCCCACUCGCCAUCAGCACCAGGCAAACGGGCAAGGGGAGGGGAGACCAAGGAAUCCGGGGUGCAGAGUUCCAGUGUGAUGUGCCCAGCUGCCAGAGGACGCUCAGGUCUGAAGACCCCUGCUGCCCCCGGCCGCCCUGGCUCACAGCUGUGGGGAGGACCUCUCCCCGACCUGGUCCUUGCCUGACAGCACCAUGGGUCUCCUGUUGGUGGGAUCCCAAGCUGAGAGCCCCAGGCCAGCAGAGCCAGGCGACAGCAGGGCACACGUGCAGCUAACUUGUGUCUAACUGCAGGGGGCGUGUGUGGGCUAGGCCCUGCGGAAAGCUGCCCCACCCCGUCUGCCUCCCGCCUGAUUUCACAUAUUUAAAUUCUGAGAAAGCUUCUCUUACCAUAAAAGUUGAGCCCGGUGUCUGCGGACUGAAUGGGUAUGGCCAUGCCCUGUGAGAGGGACCAGGCGUGCAGGGAAUGUCAGGUGUCCAGAGGGAAACCCUAGGUCUUGUCAGCUCAGCAGGUAUGUCCUGGGGCAGGAGACCCUGCCGGCCCCUGCAGCCCAGCGCGUUGUUACGGUGCCCCCCUUGCUCUCGCCCUGCCCCCCUGGCAUGCAACUGUCACUCCUCAUGGAAAUGCUCUCAGGGGAUUUAAGGGUCAGUCAGAGAGAGCUUUCAAUUCCCUCAGGACCAAGCCAAAAAAAGAGCCGGCUUCAACAGCUAGUGGGGUGUGCGCUGGCCUCCCAGAACUGAACCGCACCCCACUUGGCGAUGAGAGGUCACUGCCUCGGGGGGCCUGGGACAGCUGUCAUCAGGUGUUUAAGCCAAAGCUUGUAGCUUUCCUCAGCAGCCCCAUGGCCUCCACAGAAGGGUCAAAGAUAUCAGCUGAGCUGAGGCCACGCCUGGAACCCUAGCCUGCCUGCUUACGUUCGCUCUGCAGACACUUCUGGCCAGACUGAGGGCCUGCCGGGGCAGGACACAGAAGCAGGGACUGCCCCUCAGGGAGGAGUACUUGCUUUUCCUGGGACUCCAUGAUCCUGCUGCCUGCAACCACUGAGCAGCCUCAGAAAGGAAGAUGACAUGACCCAGUCUAUAAAACAAACUGCACAGAAGACUUGGACCCCAAGGGCGGGAGAGUAGCUCCAUGGUAGAGCACUUGCCCAGCAUAGGCAAGGCC